AUGGUGCCUAGUCGGGCGCAUGACCCGAAUGGAUUCAGAAGCGUACCGCCUCCAAUUCCAUCGACAACAGAACACCCAGUUAUUGUAAGCCAGCCCACCACGUUUAACACCUCCAUUCCUGGACUGGCGACUGCUGUGUACGGCUACGGUACAUAUCGAGCCGCCACAUUAAUGGAUUCGGAACUGCUAGAGCGAUUGCACAUGCCUCCCGGGGUGGGGAUUCCUGGCUGGAACGCUUCUAAGCUGUGUCUUCCUCCUAUUCGAACCGCCUGGGAUGUUAAUCCAAUGCAUAACCAACCAGCGCCAACCCCUGACCCAGCACCACCACUAUCACCAACACAGCCAAUAAGAGCACCUCACUUAAGCGCUACUCUGACUUCUUUUCGAACAUUGCUUCCCUCUAGCGCUGGGCGUAACACCUCGGGAGGUACCUCCGGCAACAUCACCCCAACGACACUAGGGGUGUCAGGUGGGACUCGCCUCUCCCGGCACGGAUUGUGGAGCUUUUGCGUCCGCACCUGCGGGGCUACGAACCAAAGCCGGAGAUGUUUUUCCACACUGGCCUCUACCACUGUAUCUUAUGCCCUCAAGAGAAAAGAAAGGUGUUUGCUAGGGUAA